AUAUGCCUACGGCAAACCACCUGGAACUAAUCAAGUCAGACACCAAGAUCUGCCGGAAGCGAAGUCGCCAAUGGCGAAGCCGAAGAAAUCCCGGAACUCCGCCCCAGAUCCAUUGGUCGCCGCCCGGCUCCCAUGGCAGCCCUCAGCGCCGCCGCUCGCCACUGCCCUCCUUAUCUCCUUCGCUGCCCUCCUCCUCCGCGCGCUUGUCUCCGUCGGCCCCUACUCGGGUCAGGGCGCAGCACCCAAAUUCGGCGACUACGAGGCUCAGCGGCACUGGAUGGAGCUCACCCUCCACCUCCCCUCCUCCGACUGGUACCGCAACACCUCCGACAACGACCUCGCCCACUGGGGCCUCGACUACCCGCCCCUCUCCGCCUACCAGAGCCGGCUCCACGCUCACCUCAUCAACGCCUCCCUCCCCGACGCUGUCGCCCUCCGAUCCUCUCGCGGGUUCGAGUCCCAGGAAUCGAAGUUGCUUAUGCGGUGGACAGUACUCUCGUCUGAUCUCAUUCUGUUCUUCCCCGCGGCGCUAUGGUUCGUGUGGGCGUACAUGAAGGAUGGGGUUGGCGGUAGUGGGGAGAGGCGUGAGGGGUGGACGUGGCUGCUCGCCAUGGUUCUUCUCAACCCGUGUUUAGUAUUAAUCGACCACGGCCAUUUUCAGUAUAACUGCAUCAGUCUUGGGCUGACACUCGGAGCGAUUGCUGGUAUUCUGUCGAGGAACGAACUUGUUGCUGCUGCUCUCUUCAGUCUUGCAAUUAACCAUAAGCAGAUGAGCAUGUACUUUGCGCCAGCUUUUUUUGGGCAUCUUCUUGGAAAAUGCCUGAAGCGGAAGUAUCCAAUUGUUGAGAUCAUGAAACUUGGUUUUGUUGUACUGGGAACUUUUGCUCUUGUUUGGUGGCCUUAUUUACAUUCUUAUGAGGCUGCCAUGCAGGUGAUCUCUCGAUUGGCUCCGUUUGAGAGAGGUAUAUAUGAGGAUUAUGUUGCAAAUUUCUGGUGUACCACCUCAGUUCUUAUCAAGUGGAAGCGAUUGUACGCAAUAAAGCCGCUGAAACUUAUGAGUCUUUCUGCUACCAUCCUGGCUUUCUUGCCUUCAUUUAUUCAGCAAGUCAAGUCACCAAGUAAUCUUGGCUUCCUCUAUUCUCUGUUGAACAGUUCGUUCUCUUUCUACCUAUUCUCGUACCAAGUGCAUGAGAAAUCAAUUUUGCUUCCUCUUUUACCCGCAAGCCUUUUAGCAUUACACGAACCUCACCUGCAUGGAUGGUUCACGUACUAUGCACUUUUUUCGAUGUACCCGCUUAUCUGCCGUGAUCAGCUUCUUCUACAAUAUAUAUCUGUUCUUGGAUUAUUCGUUCUUAUUUACUACUCACCUGGUGGAAACUAUGGAAAGGGGAUGAAAAUUUCGUCUGGAACAAUGGCAGUUCUGAGCCUGCCAUUGUUAUGCUCGAUCUUACUUCACACUGUGUACCUGCAAAUAGAGCCUCCAAAGAGGUAUCCCUUCCUCUUUGAUGCACUGAUAAUGUUCAUCUGCUUCUCACAGUUUAUUAUUUUGACCCUGUACACAAAUUAUAAGCAAUGGAUGUUGGACUUCCACCCUAGACCUGUAGGUAGCAAGAAGGACCUAUGAUUGGAAAUUUUGACAGCUAAUUUUAUAGAAAAUAGUCAUUGUACCAUUGUAACCUUGAGUGUGUUCCUUCUGUAACGGAAUUGAUUCACUUUUUAUGAAAUGGAUGAAAUCUUUGCAUGUGGAGCAGAUACGAAUCAAUUUUA